AUGAUAGAAUCUAUGCCCUCGCUGGAUGUGUCUUCAAUAGUCGUUACAGGGGCCAUUUUAAUAGUCUUGUUCACCUUAUAUAUCAUCUCUGACUCUUGCAACAAGUAUAUUCAACCUCCUACGGAACUAGCUCUUGAGACACAUCAAAACUCUCAUCCCUCACUUCCUCCUCUGCCUGUGCCUCUGCCUCUGCCUCUGCCUCAGCCUCAGCCUCAGCCUCAGCAAGACAAUGAAACCGGACAUCUAAUGCCGCUUCAUUCUCAACUAGAAUUUAAAAUCGGUUAUAGGGCAUCGAUCGAGGAAAUGGAGUUUAAAGAUAUUGAAAAAGAAGGAUUUGAUGAGAUUGGUUGUUCAAUUUGUCUUGAAGAGUUAGAAGAUGGCCAUGAGAUUAUCCGUAUAAAGAAGUGUAGACAUGUUUUCCAUCGUUCUUGUAUUGAUUCUUGGCUGAAACAGAAUCGAAGCUGCCCAAAUUGUCGAUGUUUUUGA